AUGGACCGCCACCAGAUUGACCUGAUACAAUUGGUACGUAACCCGACCAGCUCAAGCGCGGUACUGCGAUCAUUCCUUCUGGCAUUUAUCUUGUACGCGUUCUCCAUCGUCGUCAACAGAUUAUUCUUUCAACCCCUCAGCAAAGUGCCGGGGCCCAAGUUAGCUGCAUUGACCAAGUGGUACGGCUUCUACUACAAUGUCGUUCGUGACGGCCAGUACUGUCUAUCUUUUCCUUCACUUCACAAAAAAUACGAUUCACCAGUCAUCAGAAUCGGGCCCAAUGCUGUCCACGUCAAUGACCCGAAUUUCUAUCAGGAGAUGUUCUCCAUGACGACGAAGUACUACAAAGAGCCCGAGUUUUACAAAGCCCUCGGAGCAGAAGGGGCAAUGGCCUCAAUCCUAGACCCCAAGAACCACCGCAUGUACAGGAACCACCUGCGACCUCUUUUCGCCAGCCGAGCCGUGGAUAGAGUAGUCCCUUGUUUGCGUCUCGAGCUCGAGAAGGCAACAUGCAUCUUUGAAAUGCAUCGUAAACAUGAUCGUCCGUUGAACAUACAGGCACUAUAUCGCUCUUUCACGUCGGAUAUGGUAUGCGAGCUGCUUUUUUGCGAAACCCCGAAUUUCAUCGGUGAGGGCAAUGGGUAUCAUCCAUUCGUUGCGGCGCUGGAUCGUUUUACUGCGUUUUCCUGGCUCGUGGUCUAUUUCCCUUGGAUCAAGUCGAUCCAGUUCCACCUACCCUUUGGCCUAGGCGACAAACUGGCCCCUGAAUUCAACGAGUUCAAACGACAAUGUAAAACCUGGGAGGCAGAAUCCCAUUUCAAACGCGAGUCAGGCGCUCAGGUAGAACGAAAGAAUCUGUUCGACUACUACGCAGAGUUGGACGCUGGUCCUGAGACCGCUGGAGCCGUGCUCAAAGAAACCAUGCGACUAUCAACCGCGGUGCCCGGCAACCUUCCCCGGCUAGUGCCCCCUGGGGGGGUCACAGUUGGAUCUGUCUAUCUACCUGAGGGCACUGUUGUAUCCUCCAGUCAUCUAUCGAUUAUCCACAAUGAAACCAUUUUCUACGACCCCUACGAGUUUAAACCCGAGCGUUGGCUGGGUGAUGAGGGUAAGGAGCUCGAGAAAUGGCAUGUCGGAUUUAGCCGGGGCCCUCGGCGGUGCAUUGGGAGCAGCCUUGCAUACCUGGAGCUAUCUUGUGUUACAGCAUACGUAUUUUCGCGAUUCAAAAUGACGCUGUUUGAGACGAAUGAGAGCAGCAUGCAGUGGGUAGACCGAAUUAGUGCGCGCAAUAAGAAGGAUGUCCAAGUGAGGAUAUUGGCUGAUCGGUGGGGGAGGAGGCACAUUCCAUAG